GUCCCUUUGUGACACUUUUGCUCCUGUGGCUGAGGAGGAGAGGAGCAGCUGCCAACAAGAGCUUAGUGAGCUAUAUGACCUUUAUGUGCUCCUGGAGCACAGCGAGGAAUGAGCAGCACCAAACCUCACCACAGCUAGUGCCUGGUGGAGGAAGGCAGCUACGUUGGACAUGGAUCUGACUGUGGAAGAUAUUGAAGACAUGCAGCUGGAUUCACAAGGGGAAGUGCAAGCAGACAGGUCAAAACUGAUUGGCAGCCAUGACAAGGGCAUGAGCAUCAUAGUGCUCACCUUAAAUGGAGUCGAGGUGGAGCCCAUCACCCCAGCAGCUCCAGGAGAACACCCACUGAAUAGGGGCGCAGACCAGAUCAUGGAAGUGAUCUGUGGCUUCUUGGGAGCUGCCCCAGAGCACACAGCACAGAUGUCAGAGGGGCUGAUCCAAGUCAUGAAUGAAGACAGCUGCUGGGGUUCAGAAGGGACAGGCCAUGAACCUAAGGCAAGAGGACCAGAGUCAUCAUCUGUGACCACACCCAAUAAAUCACUGCUGUGUAUGAAGGAAGAAUUGCUGGCCAGCCUGGAGGAGCCCAGGGAGCUGGGGAAGCAGAGAGGCUACAAAAACAUCAAGUCUACAAUGGGGGAAAAGACCCAUUCCAGGGUUGGUGAUGAUACUGAGGGCAGCUGUGAGGGAGACCAGCAGGAGGUGACUGAACAACAGGGUAGAGGAUUAUCACCUGGUACAGACACUUUGCUUGAGCACCAGGACAGAAAUCUGCCCAGUGAACUGAGAGAGGAGAACUCCCUCUUGCUGCAGGAUGGCAAGAAGGAGCAAGAGAGCUUGGAAGUCAGCCUGGAGGAGCUGCUGGUCCCCAUCCUUAAGAAGUCGGACCUGUGCCAGGGGGCUGAGUCCCAGCACUGUUUGCCAGGAGUGGUCACCAUCACCUGUCUGGCUGAGUCUCCCAGCUUAGAUGCCUCUGACAGGUUGGAGUGCCAGCUCCCUCCCAGCUCUGUGUUCGAAGCCUGGGCAAAGUUAGGCCCUGGCUCCUGGCUGGGCCCUCCCCUGGUCUUUCCACACAGGGAGGAUGGCAGGAUUCACUGCAUCAGGAUAUUCCCUAAGGGCUUUGGGCCAGAACUGGAAGAGGGGAUCAGGCAGAAGCUCGGUAGCUGUACAGGCUGGGUGGCCAGUGCUGGGACUUUAUUGUGCAAGGCCAAGAAGCUGUUUUCUAGUUAUCAGCUCCACUCAACUGAGGGUGCCCAGGCAUCAGGAGCACAAGAGGCUGCUCUCAUUGCUGCCCUUCAGAAGACAACACUGCCUGGUACCAAGCCCUCUGGGCACCUGGAGUGCCCACCUGCUACCCAGGCCGUGCCUGCUCAGCCAAAGCCUGGGGAUCUCUCCCCUUCCUGCCUCCAGCAGGUUAUCCAGAGACUGAAACUACUGAUGUUGGUGAAGAAAAAACCCUCCAGUUCCUAG